GUGGCCGGUUUAUAGCAUUUAGCGCUGUUUUGUGUUUAUUAUUUUGCUUGUAAAAUAAGUGAAAAUGCCGUAUGCAAAUCAACCGUCUGUACAAAUAAACGAACUUACUGACGAUAAUGUCAAGUUUGUGCUGGAGGACACAGAACUGAGCGUGGCAAACAGCUUACGCCGCGUUUUCAUCGCCGAGACUCCGACUCUCGCCAUAGAUUGGGUGCAACUGGAGGCGAACUCGACGGUGCUGUCGGAUGAGUUCCUGGCGCAUCGCAUUGGCCUUAUUCCCCUAAUAUCCGACGAUGUGGUGGAACGGCUGCAGUACACGCGUGACUGCAUUUGCCUGGACUUUUGUCCCGAGUGCAGCGUCGAGUUCACGCUCGACGUCAAGUGCAACGAGGAACAGACGCGCCACGUUACCACAGCCGAUCUGAAGAGCAGCAAUGCCAAGGUUCUGCCGGUGACAUCACGUAAUCAGGGCGAAGAGGACAACGAAUACGGCGAGAGUACCGACGAAAUUCUGAUUAUCAAACUGCGCAAGGGUCAGGAGCUGAAAUUGCGGGCUUACGCCAAGAAAGGAUUUGGCAAGGAACAUGCCAAGUGGAAUCCUACGGCCGGAGUGUGCUUCGAAUACGAUCCCGACAAUUCAAUGCGUCACACACUGUAUCCCAAGCCUGAUGAGUGGCCAAAAAGCGAGCACACCGAACUGGAGGAUGAUCAGUUCGAGGCCCCGUACAACUGGGAAGCUAAACCCAACAAGUUCUACUUUAACGUGGAGUCAUCAGGUGCCCUGAAGCCAGAAAACAUUGUUAUAAUGGGUGUGCAAGUCCUCAAGAAUAAGCUGUCCAAUCUACAGACGCAGCUUAGCCACGAAUCCCAAAACGAUGCGCUCGCGGUUUAAACAAUAAUAAUGUAUAUUAAGUUCACAAUUCAAAUCAAAGACUAAUCCUUGAACAAACUA